UCAGCUUAGACUCCCCGUUUUAACUUUACAUAAAGUAAAUUCUAAAAGCCUUUUCUUUUUAAAGUAUCGAAACAUUAUCAGAACCAACAGAAGGUUAUCAUUUCAGCGAAUUUGUUUCAGCACUGGACAGCGACCUGGCCGCUAAUUUGGCGUGUUUUGUUCCCCCCAACAUUAAGGUGACUGAACACAAUAAUUAGUAAUGCAUACAUGUUGACAAGCGAAUCUAAUCCCUCAACACCAGCAGGAUUAGAUCUACAUCUAUAAAACAGACGCGAUGUUUUUGCUUUGGUGGCAGAUCAUUUGGGGCGGCUUUCGCUGUACCUCCCCAUUAUGACCCUGUCCACCAAUGUGACUUUUGUUCCUCUGUGCGUUGACUUUGACUCACCGGGUGACUACUUUCUUUUCAUUUUUCACAUCCUAGCGGGGAUCAGCACCGUGCUUGUUGCGGGCUCCGUGGUCUGCGGCAUAAUUUCCACUCGGGCUCUUUUAAUCCAGAAUCGCUUUAUAUUUAUGUUAAACACCAGCAUCUCUGACACACUGACUGGAUGUGGCAUUUUCUACCAGUUUCUGUUUGAUGUAAGGGAAGAUUAUCCUUCUAAAAACGGGAGUUACUAUAUUUUACCAUCUCUUCUCGGGGUUAACAUCAUUACGUUUUUGUUUGCUCAGUUUGACAGAUAUUUUGCAGUUUGCCAUCCAUUCUUUUAUGCUCGUUUUAUCUCCACAAAGGUUGUUAUCUGUGUGAGCGUCUAUACCUGGGUGCAUGUCUAUGGUCAGUUGGUCCUCGAGCGUCUGGUCCCACUGUCUAAAGCUAUGGAGAUUGCAGUGUACAGCAGAAUAAGCAUUUUUAUAAUUAUUAUACUCAAAGUUUCUAUGACUAUUAAACUCUUUGUUGUUGUCAGAUACCAGCUUCUCCGAGAGCCUCCAGGACCAGAGAAAGACAACAAGAAAGAGUCCCUGUUGAUCAUAAUAGUGGUAGUUGUGUUUUUCCUGCUUUUCUGGGGCCCAAGCUUAUUCUUCUCAAUUCUGUCAUCACUGAUAGGGAGACACAGGUUAUUUAGAAAUGAUGCAGUCAAUCCUCUGAAAAUCCUAUCAAGGACCAACGCUCUGUGCACUCCUUCACUAUACCUGUGGGCAAGCCCCUCACUCAGAGCAGCUGUGUGGAAAACUGUGUGGGGUAAAAUCUGCAAAAGACGGAAAAUGUUGUUUGGUAUCUUAGUUUAAAACGCUAUUAGAAAAUUAAAUUCUGGUAUCGGAUGAAAUUUAUUGGUGCAAAAGAAUCCUUAUUUCCCCUUUUCACUUUAGGGUCUACUUGAAAAGUCACUGUGAUGCUUUUACUUUCAAACUGAUUGUAGUUUCUUAUGUCAGAUAACUCCCUUUCAAAUCCAGCUCUGUUUUACUGAAACUUAAUGACAGUUUUGCUAUAAAUGGCUUUUAAACAAAACUAAAUUAAUUUCAAAUGUUAGCAAC